AUGUUGAUCUCCGUAAUAUCAAUCCUUGGUCCAUCCUUGGCCAAUUCCGAUGCACGCAGUGAGGUACCCGUCGCUUUGAAUUUCCUAAAUGCAGUCUUCAAUUUUGUGGGAACACUGCGGGAAACAGAUGCAAGUUGUCAAAGUCCAGGUGUCUGGAAGUUCGGCAUACCCGCAUUGACAUUAAGAGGCCAUGCUUUCAUCCACGAUACAUCGUGGAGGAGAAAUGCGCCAAAUAAUCGUAUGGUAUGUGCAGCGCGACCUAGAACAUAUCUAAAAGCUUAUGAUCGACGCUCGCUGUGGCUAUUGCCAGGGCUGUACAUGAAUCGGGCGUUCGGUGUGAAGAUCCUCCCGGUCGGCAAGUAG